AUGCAUGGAAAUUACUCCUCAAUGUACAUGGACUUCCACCUCUUGGCAUUUACCAAUUAUGAAAAUGUGGAGCUGUUGAUUUUCAUUAGCCUAUUGACACUGUAUUUGCUUUGUGUACUUGAAAAUGUUCUCGUUAACAUCAUCGUAUGUCUGACCCCCCAGCUGCAUACACCCAUGUAUUUUUUUCUAUGCAACCUCACAGUCCUGGAUAUUAUAUAUGUUUCGGCUAUCUUACCAAAGUUAAUACUGAUCACAAUCACAGGAAACACUAGUAUAUCCAACACAGGAUGCUUCACACAAGUAUUUUUCUAUGUUUUUUGCAUUGGAACUGAGUUUUUCUUACUUGUGUGUAUGGCCUAUGACCGAUAUGUGGCCAUUUGUAUUCCUCUACACUAUAGGCUUAUUAUGAACCACAGGACAUGCUUAAUUUUAGCCGCAUUCUGUUGUAAUCUUGGCGUGUUCAAUGCAAUAAUGUAUGCUCUGCUAAUAUCUCAUUUAUCCUUCUCCAGCUCUCGAGAGAUCAACCAUUUCUUUUGCCACAUGAAAUCAAUACUUCAGCUCUCCCGCAGUGAUGCAACUAGCAUUGGGAUUUUGAUAACUGUAGAUGGUGUUUUAUUAGGGUUCUUCCCAUUUAUACUUAUUCUGGUUUCUUAUAUAUACAUUAUAUCUACAAUUCUGAAGAUACAUUCAAAGUCAGGAAGGCACAAGGCUUUCUCAAGUUGCUCUUCUCAUCUUACAGUUGUUUUAUUAUUUUGUUUGACCUCUCUCAGCCUUAAUAUGAAACCAGAGACUGAGUUUUCUCAAGAACAGGACAAAUUGCUAUCUAUGCUGUACAUUGUCGUUGCUCCUAUCUUAAACCCAUUGGUGUACAGUUUAAGAAACAAAAAUGUCCUACAAGCCAUCAAACGGCAAAUCUCAAGAACAAGUAAGAUGUGGUAA